GCAGUUCAACUACAAUCAGUAAACAAUUCACAAGUGCUAAACAACAAUGGCUACUCCUAGAAAACAAUUUAAUUAUAAUAAUACACCUUACGCCAAGCCAGUGCAACAAUAUCCCUCACAAUCAGAAGAUUAUAUAUCAUUUGAUAUGGGUGGACGAACAACGCAGAACAAUAAUGCAACGAUGUCGCCAUCAUCAAAUGAGAAAACUCCCGGUCGUUAUAAUCCCAAGUAUUAUCAGCAAAAUUAUAGAAAUUCCAAUUCUAAAGGAAAUCGUAGAAAUUUAUUCAAUAACAACUAUGGUCAGCAGAACAACAGACAAAAUUAUAAUCAGAAUUAUAACCCACAACAGCAACAACAGCGUUAUGGUCCCAGAAGUGGAAAUGAAAGGCCUCAAUUUCAACAGAAAAAUAAUCAUCAGAAAUUUAAAAAUGAUGCACCCAUUGCAUCAUAUUGCCAUCCCUCCAUGACCGAAGAUCCUUGGUUCCAUUUAAUGCAGCGCAUUAGGUCCUUGGAUAAUAGUAAAAUUUCUGUAAAAGAAAUUCCAUCACCCAAAGACACUACAACACCACCACCACCCGACACUAGCUCCAAUUCAGAAACCGAUACUGAGGAAGUGGAUAGUGCAGCAAGUGAUUAAAACUGAUCUGCAUCAGAUCUAAAUUAGUAAAAUUACGUAAAAAAAACCAACAUAUUUUCUGAAAUAAGUAUAUGUAUAUUUAUUGUAUGUAUAUUUGUUUCUUCUUUUAAAUUUACUUUUGGUUAUAUCUAGGGAUAAACCAACCGUGUAUAUAUAAUUUUUUUUAGCUAUCUUCAAUACAUUUUUAUAUAAAAAAGAUUUAUGAAAAGUAUGAAUAACAUUUGAAAUAAAUUUUGAAAAAAUAUAUUGAAAACCAACAA